AAGAAGGCCCGUUGCUUGAAAAAAUGGCAGAAGGCAGUACCUUAUUCAUAUAAACAUAUAAGUGAAAAGAGGCUGUGAACCAAUGGUAAAGCAACCCACAAAAAAUGAACAGCCAACUCUUGCUGCCAGGGAAUCCGGCAUUUCAGCCAGAAUGGGCUUUCGAAGAUAUACGCAUAACCUUCUUCAAAUGUGUUAGAUGGCAAGUAGAAGAAACGUUAGAUCCAAUCAAUUGCCCUUACCAUUACUUCUGCGACAGCAUUUAUCCUGGGAAUUAUCCCCCUUAUGUAGAUGUUAUAGUUUUCCUAUUUGCAACAGCUUCCUACUUGGCAACACUAGUCAUUAUGGUAAUAGAUAUAUCGAAAAGAGGAGAAGCUUAUUUCAGUCGUUCAAGAAGAUUCUUGCUACCCUCAGGUCCAAUUUCUCUCCCAAUAAUCCUCUUAGUACUUGCCAAGGGUUACAGAAUCAAUUCUAUAUUUCCUCUCUCCUGCAUUGGUCCUGCAAUUCUUCAACUGCUAUAUGUAUCUGCUCUUGCUUUCGAUAAUGGCGACGAUAAAGAUGUCAGGUUUCGAUGCUCUGUUUUCAUCUACAUUUUCUGGUGAAUGCCAAUCCUGUGUGUGUCGGAAGGAGGUUUUGGUAGUAGGAGGGAGGCUGGUAACCUACAGGGGGUGGUCUGUGACUACAUUUUUAGUUGUGGGUGCUCUGUGUUUUAGGAUAAUACGCAGAAUGACCGGAGAGAACAAAAGCAAGAUCAUGGGAAUCAAGUCCUUUUUGGAAAGCUUAGGUUGGAUCUCGAUUGCCUUGGACUGUAUCUAUCUAACAAGAAAGGCUCCCCCAAAGCAAUCCAUAAUGCGAAUUACUGCUUUCGGAAGCGUGCUUGUAUUGGUUUGCCUUCAUCUAAUAAAGAAGCUUUCGUGUAAAAUUACACAAUGGAAUUUGGUACACGGAAAAUUACAUGCAUAGAAUUCCCAUGACAAGCAGUGAGGAACAACGCAACGGCACAAUCUGAUUCUGAUCCCACUCUUAGAAAGUCAAAAGGCCUAUUAAAAGAGUUUCUCUUUUACCAAUUAAGAUCGGCUUACUUGUACACUAAAAAUUAGUUGUAAUAUGAAAACUUCAAGUUCCAUUCCAUCCUUUUUUCUUAAGAAGAAUUUUCCUCUGGUGUCUGCAGGGAAAUCAACAAAUGUACAAAAGUCAUCCUAAGGAGACGAGUAACUCACGGAUGAAAACUUGGAAUUACCAUUAAGAAAUUCUAGUAGUGUUCAUGGAGA